AUGAUUAACAAUAUAUUUCGCGUUAAAGUAGGCAUUAAAUUGGUUCUGACAGAAGACGGACGCGGGCAAAGAGGCGACUGGAUCGCUCUGGGGGUCGGGGACGCGCGAUGGGUUCCUCGUAGGUACCGGUACCACCCGAGUCAGGGCAAUACCGCCGGCCUGACCCUGCUGCUCCGACUCGGAGCGGAGCUCCACGCACCUUCUCCCGCCAUUUCCCCAUCUUUCCGCGGCCUCGUCACUCAUUAUACGCAGCCGAAGACGAUUCGCGGGAAGGGCAGAGGUGGUGGCGGUGAUGGUGAUGGCGACGUCUCUCAACCCCGCCGGAUGAGAAAGGUUUGCGUCUCCGUCUUGGCGAGCGCAACGCGAUUGCAUUGCGUUCCAUUUCAUCGCAUGAGUUUUUCAGUACCUGGGAGCAAUUUUGGAGUAUUGAGACCUAAGGGAUUAAAGAGAAUUUGCUUGUCGGCUUCGUUAUCAUCGUCGUCAUCUCCGGUUUCGUGCGUUAGUAUGAGGAACGCGAGGGAGAAGAUUAGACCAUUAUCGGUUGAUAAGGAGAGCGAUGGAGCUACUGCUGGCAGCAUGGAGGCCAUUACGGAGGAACCGAAUAGGGUCAAUGAUCGACCGACCACAACGAUGAAGGAAAAUGUCAUAGAGAGUUUAGGAGAGAAAAUCAACAGCCUGGAGACUCUAACAGUGCAGGAGCUCCGCGAGAUAAUGAGGAAAUUAGAAUUGCCCAUCAGAGGUCGUAAGCAGGAGCUGGUGGUGGCCCUGAAGUCUUUCCUGGCUAGCCAGGGUGAGGAUCGUGCACCUGUUCACGCAGAAUCAAGUUCUGCUCCAGGAACAUGUUUGAAGUCUGAUGCUCGGAAGAGGAAAGUUGACAAACCGGUUAAGGUAGUCAAGGAAAAAGAAGGUCUGUUGGAGAAGGUAGAAACGGUAGAAGUGAAACGUAGCCGAAAACGGACGCUGCUUCGAAAUGCCACCAUUGAAGGUGUUUCUAAGGUUGUUUCCCUGGAAGAAGAGAAAUUAACGACGACCGAUGGAAUAGCGGCUCGUGCCAAGAGGAAGACAACAACAAUCGUUCAGAAGAAAAACACCGCAGCUGUAGUGAACGUGGGGCUGGCUGUCAGUGAUAACGAGCCAUGGACUGUCCUUGCCCACAAGAAGCCACAGCCUGGAUGGAUCCCAUAUAAUCCGCGGACAAUGAGACCUCCACCACCUUCUGCCGGCGCAAAAUUUGUGAAGCUAGUGUCAUGGAACGUCAAUGGACUAAGAGCCUUACUGAAGAUGGAAAGCUUUUCAGCACUUGAACUUGCACAGAAGGAGAACUUCGAUGUUUUGUGCUUGCAAGAGACUAAAUUGCAGGAGAAAGAUGUAGAAGAUAUCAAGUACCUGAUAGAAGGUUAUGACAACAGCUUCUGGACAUGUAGUGUUUCUAAACUUGGAUAUUCAGGCACUGCAGUGAUUUCACGGGUAUCAAGCUAUCUCUGGAGUAUCUGCAGCACUCCUGCAUCCAUGCAUGCUCUCCAAAUAAAACCAAGUUCAAUCAAAUAUGGGCUUGGGAUACCAGACCAUGACGGUGAAGGGCGGCUUAUCACAGUGGAGUUUGAUUCAUUUUAUUUGGUUAGUGGUUAUGUACCUAAUUCUGGAGAUGGCCUCAAGAGAUUGGAGUACAGGGUUAACGAAUGGGAUGCAUCACUUGCCAACUACAUGAAGGAGUUGGAAAAGUCAAAGCCGGUUAUCUUAACUGGUGAUCUCAACUGUGCACAUGAAGAGAUUGACAUCUACAACCCAGCUGGAAAUCGAAGAAGCGCCGGAUUCACAGAUGAAGAAAGGCAAUCAUUUGAGAAGAAUUUUCUGUCAAAUGGUUUUGUGGACACUUUCAGGAGGCAACACCCUGGUGUUGUUGGCUACACAUAUUGGGGUUAUAGGCAUGGAGGACGCCGGACCAACAAAGGGUGGCGACUGGACUAUUUUCUCGUAUCGGAGUCUAUAGCUGAUAAAGUUCAUGAUUCUUACAUUCUGCCAGAUGUUCUUGGGAGUGACCACUGCCCUAUAGGUCUUAUUCUUAAGCUGUAACGGGUCAUCGUGCUUAAGGGCGUGGGCGUCCAAUUACAAGCGUCCUUGAUUUUUUGAGUAUGAUUUUUUGAGUAUGUAUUAGUUUGACGUGUCCUCAUGGAAUUUCCCUCACAGUUCCUGACUGGAACCUCAUAUGUAGGGCAUAUGCCUGUGGCAAGGACUGGCCAUUUGUAUUAUGUUAAUUUUGUCUACAAGAUUUAUGUGUUCUUCUUUCA